GAGCCCUCCGCCUACGCAACAAGGGGCGGUGCAGCGCAUGGAGACACAGCCAUCAACGUCGUCGUCGGCGCCGCAGCAAAUCUCAGGCCACCACCCUCCCACUGAGUUCCGAGAGAUGCCUGCAUCCAACUCAUCUCCACUUCCGCCACCCGCCCCUUUGCCACAGCCGACGAACGCCGUGCUUCCCCAGGUUCCUCGUUCGACGUUCCUACCACCAACGGCGCAGCUGGGAGAGCCAAGAACCGUGCACCCGGUCGCCCAACCGCCUUCUGUCGCCGGUCCGAGCAACCCAGCGCAGGGAAGACAUGACGUUGUUGGGCAGGUCGUGUGGGAGGGCUCGUUGGCGUGGACGAUCACGGGUAAAGGGACGGGUAGCGCGCAGGUCUCGCUGCUUGCACGGAAUUGCGUCGACCAGCUGCGGGCCAUGCAGUGGCCAAGCAUAUUUAUCCUGAAGCCUUCGCAGCAUUCCGUGCUUCCUCCGCAGAUCCUGCAGGAUUGGAUCGAGCGGAAUGCGGGCCAGUGUGCCAUCGUGCAUGUUAUAUCGCAGCCUCGGCUCGCGGACACGAAGACUAACGAGAAGAGCUUCGUCGCUCUCGCGCGUCUGCUAGCUGAUCACAGCAGGUACGCGGUGGCAGCGUUCAGCGGCCCCAACGGCGAGAACCGCGACCGCAUGCUACUAUUCCCCGGCAAGCCCUAUCAAUUCGUCAGUGUCGUCUUUCUCGGGAAAGAAGGCAUGCCCGAGCUCCCGCACGAAGUGUGCGGGAUGUCGUUGUCGAAGAUCCCGCCUCAGUUUGCGCUGUUGCUGUAUAAGUUGCCGCAGGCGCAGCAGGCGCUGCUGAUGGAGCUCCCGCAGGAGAAGCGGAUACAGCAGAUUCAGGCGUUUAUGGCGCAGCAGAUGAAGUUGCAGGCGCAGGCGGUGCAGCAGCAGCAGCAACAACAGGCACAGCAGCAACAAGCAGCACAAGACCAGAGUAAUGACGAGUUUAGUAUUAUCGAUGGGAUUCAUGCCUUAAAACUCGAUAGUGGGAUGAGCGAUUGAUAGUGGGAUGGGGCCGACGAUAGUGGGAUUCGCGCGACUCGAUAGUAGUGGUGUUGGCUCGCCACAGUGUGCUCCGCCCGGCGGGCAGGAGGAGUCUUCCGA